CAACAGACAAAUUGAAGUCGUGAGCAGACGUAAAUCUGUUGUCUCUCUCAUCGUUUGGUAUUUAUUUAUAACAAGGCUUCUUCACUCACUUUUUUACAUACUAAGGCGGCGGCGAUUAACUAAUCAAAUUUUUUUUCUUUUCCCGACAAAGACUGGUACACCAUGUCUGCCAAAGCAAUUUCUGAGGCAAAGGGGAAAGAGUUAUUAAACCGCCAUUUGAAAGAUGAGGCUGCGAAGAACCGUGUCGUGACCAUUACUGAGGAUACUAACUGGGAUGAAGUGGAACAGAAUAACCGAUGGCUUUUCUCUGAGAAACUAGUCGUUAAACCUGACCAACUGAUUAAGAGACGAGGGAAGCUUGGUUUGAUUAAAGCUGGUGUUGAUUUAAAUGGGGCUAAAGCAUGGCUGUCAGAAAAGAUUAACCAAGAAAUUGAGAUUGGUUCUGCUAAGGGAAAACUGAAGAAUUUUGUGAUUGAACCCUUUAUUUCGCACAACCAGGCUGAAGAAUAUUAUGUGUGCAUUUACUCCCAACGCUAUGAGAAUGUUAUCCUGUUUCAUCAUGAAGGUGGUGUCGAUAUUGGAGAUGUUGAUGCUAAGGCAAAACGACUGGAGAUUCCCCCUGGUGAUCCUAUCAAGGCAGACAUGAUUGCAUCACUGAUUGUUCAUGUUUCCGCAGAUGUCAAAGAGAUCCUGUCUCGUUUCAUUUCUGCUCUGUAUAACCAGUAUCAGGAUUUGCAUUUCACUUAUCUAGAAAUCAACCCUUUGGUUGUGACCAAUGGCAAAGUUUUCAUCCUUGACUUAGCUGCCAAGAUUGAUCAGUGUGCAGAAUUUUUGUGUAAAGCAAAAUGGGGUGAUGUAAUGGAAUUUCCACCACCUUUUGGCCGGGAUGCUUUGCCAGAGGAAGCUUACAUUGCUGAUCUUGAUGCCAAGAGUGGAGCAUCUCUUAAACUAACAAUACUCAAUAAAGUAGGGCGAAUUUGGACAAUGGUUGCAGGAGGAGGUGCUUCUGUUAUCUAUGCAGAUACUAUUUGUGAUCUGGGAGGGGCAUCAGAGCUGGCUAACUAUGGAGAAUAUUCAGGAGCCCCCAGUGAAAUGCAGACCUAUGAAUAUGCCAAAACUAUUCUUAGUCUCAUGACAGAGACCAAGCAUAAAGAGGGCAAAAUUCUUAUUAUUGGUGGUGGUAUUGCUAAUUUCACUAAUGUUGCAACAACAUUCAAGGGAAUUGUACGAGCUCUAAGAGAAUAUCAGCAGAGAUUGAUAGAACACAAUGUCUCCAUCUAUGUUCGACGUGGUGGACCUAACUACCAGGAAGGGUUACGUAUAAUGAAAGAACUUGGUUCCACACUUGGGGUUCCGAUCCAUGUUUAUGGUCCUGAAACUCAUAUGACUGCCAUUGUUAGCAUGGCACUGGGCAAGAAAGACAUUCCAACUACUCCUCAACCUGUGCAAACUACUGCUAACUUUUUACUUCCGGGAGGGACAAAUAUGCAGAGUACAUUUUGUCAAGCUCAGCUUGGUCGUUCACCAAUAUUGAAGCGAAAAUCAUCAGGCGAUCUAAGCGCCAAUUCCAGCAAUUCCAAGAUUGCUCACCAUGACAUUGCCAAUGAUGUAGAAACAAAGCAGCAUGGUCUCUUCUCCAAACAGACCAAAGCUAUUGUAUAUGGAAUGCAGCAACGGGCUGUACAAGGGAUGCUGGACUUUGACUAUGUCUGCUCCAGAGAUGAGCCUUCAGUUGUUGCUAUGAUGUACCCCUUUACUGGUGAUCACCGACAGAAAUUUUAUUGGGGCCACAAAGAAAUUCUCAUUCCUGUUUACAAGAAUAUGGCAGAUGUCAUGAAGAAACAUCCUCAUGCUGAUGUCUUGGUGAAUUUUGCAUCUCUACGUUCGGCUUAUGAAAGUACAAUGGAAACUCUCAAUUACCCUCAGAUACGAACAAUUGCUAUCAUUGCUGAAGGAAUUCCCGAAAACCUCACCAGACAACUAAUCAUGGAAGCUAACAAGAAAAGUGUCUGCAUAAUUGGCCCUGCAACUGUUGGUGGAGUAAAACCUGGUUGUUUCAAAAUUGGAAACACAGGUGGCAUGCUGGAUAACAUACUGUCUUCAAAACUCUACAGACCUGGCAGCGUAGCAUAUGUGUCUCGUUCAGGUGGGAUGUCAAAUGAAUUGAAUAAUAUCAUAGCAUUAAACACAAAUGGAGUCUACGAAGGUGUUGCUAUUGGUGGAGACAGAUAUCCCGGCACAACAUUCCCUGAUUAUAUAAUGCGGUAUCAAGAACAAGAAGAUGUGAAGAUGAUAGUUCUUCUGGGAGAGGUUGGUGGUGUUGAAGAAUACAAAGUAAUUGAAGCAAUGAAGGCUGGUAAAAUCACCAAACCGCUUGUGGCUUGGUGUAUUGGCACAUGUGCCCGAAUGUUUACCUCUGAGGUUCAAUUCGGUCAUGCUGGUUCUUGUGCUAAUGCUGACCGUGAAACAGCUGUUGCUAAAAAUCAAGCACUUAGAGAAGCUGGUGCUUAUGUUCCUAACAGUUUUGAUGGACUUGGGACACUUAUAAAGAAAGUCUACGAAAAUCUUGUUGGCCAAGGUAUUAUUAUUCCAGAGCCAGAACGGGCCCCUCCAACUGUACCAAUGGAUUAUGCAUGGGCUAGGGAACUUGGUUUGAUUCGUAAACCUGCAUCUUUCAUGACCAGCAUUUGUGAUGAACGAGGUUCAGAGCUACUCUAUGCUGGAACUCCAAUCACAGAUAUUUUUAAAGAAGAUUUAGGCAUUGGCGGUGUCCUUAGCCUUCUCUGGUUCCAAAGACGACUUCCAAAAUAUGCCACCAAAUUCAUUGAGAUGUGUCUGAUGGUGACGGCUGACCACGGACCGGCUGUUUCUGGAGCACACAAUGCUAUUGUCUGUACACGGGCAGGCAAAGACUUGGUCUCAGCUCUAGCUUCUGGACUCCUUACUAUUGGUGAUCGCUUUGGUGGGGCACUAGAUGCAGCUGCCAAGCAGUUCAGUGAAGCCUAUGACAGUAGCAUGAUUCCAAUGGAAUUUGUUAAUUCUAUGAGGAAAAAGGGAAAACUUAUCAUGGGCAUUGGACACCGUGUGAAAUCAUUGAACAACCCUGACAUGCGUGUAGUAAUCUUAAAAGAUUAUGUGAAGCAACACUUCCCUGCAACUCCUCUGCUUGAUUACGCAUGCGAAGUGGAGAAAAUAACCACCUCGAAGAAACCUAACCUAAUUUUAAAUGUUGAUGGCUUCAUUGGUGUUGCAAUGGUUGAUCUUUUCCGGAAUUGUGGAUGUUUCACACGAGAGGAAGCUCAAGAAUAUGUGGAAAUUGGUGCUCUGAAUGGACUCUUUGUGCUUGGUCGUAGCAUGGGCUUCAUUGGUCAUUAUUUGGACCAAAAGAGAUUGAAGCAAGGUUUGUAUCGUCACCCAUGGGAUGACAUCUCCUACAUCUUACCUGAGAGUCUACAUGAAAGUCUUUGAAACUGCUCAUUGAUUCCUGCUUCCUGUUAAAAAUCUUCUUCUUCCAUCUGGUGCUGUUAUUUCUGACUGCUGAGAUUGUAUAUGUUCCUUACAAACGGCUGGUUUAAUGUUACCAUUUGGAGAUGAGGGAGUCGAUCCUGAUCACAUAUUGUUGCCGACAUUAUUCCCUAGAAGUUGAGUCUGUUUUGGUAGAUUAGCUGUAGGGCUACAUCAUGUAUCAACUACCUAAUGUUUUUAUCUCUAAGGUAGACAUGUAUUUAUCAAGUGUCCUCUAAAACUACUAUGUAGUCUUCCUCCUUUCUUCUUCCUCUUUCUCUUCUUCCCCUUGUAAUUUAUUAUUUUCUUUAAUUCAUGAAAAUAAUUAAAUUAUUAUUUGGAUCAUGUGACCAACCUAUUUUAAAAUUUUUUAUUUAGAACCAAUCAAACUUCUUCAAUUUAAAAAAAAAAAAAAUUAUUUUUUUCUUUCAUUUUGGGGGAAUGGGUGAUUUUGUUGCAGGUUUUAAUAAUGUAUCUUUUUUUAAAAAUUUAUUCAGUAUUUUCACUUCUGUCUCAAAUAUAUUAAUGAAAGAGUAGAAGAAAAGCCAUGUGGUCCAAGCUGUAAAUCUAGUUGAAACUGUUUCCUGAAGCUAUAAUUGUGUUUCAGUUGGAUUAAAAGUGUUUAUUUCUCUUGCUAACUCAAUCAAUCACCUGUUAUUCAAUGUCAUUCUGGUGGAAUAAUAGACCAAAUAACACUUCAUAUUUGUUCCUAAAGCAAUAAAACAUUUCAAAGUCACUCAA